AUGGACGUGGAAGAAAUUUGUGAAGACGAUGAGCCAUCGUCGACUGACCUCAUUCGGUUAGUGCUUAUUGUUGGAAUGGGCACCACCGUCUGCAUCAUCGGUAAGGCUACCUGUCGCAGAAAUGUUACGAGAUCAUUACUAAUAUUUUCUCAUUUGAGUCAAAUGAGCAGAAAAGAGGCAUCAAAGAUAGCCUUUGAAGUGCUAAGUGAGAUUUUGAACCUUAAGUUCAUUUUUCCAUCGGCAUUGAUUUGGGAAUAUUUUCGUGUAGAAGCGCUCUAUGUGGCAUGGCAUCAUUACAUUCGAUAUGUGUUGAUUGCGGCAUCUACCCUGCUGAUAGUGUCGGCAUCCUUUGAACGAUAUAUUUGCUCACUUCAGUCUACUUCCGGUUUUGAACCAAGAAAACGAGUGGCGGUCAUCACAUUGGUGCUAUUGUUAGCUCUCGUAAUGAAGGGCUCAGUUUAUUUCGAAUUGGAAAUGCAGUUUCUUCCCCACUGUCCGAUAUUUACCAGCUUGCGACUAGACCUAUCGGAGUUAACGCGUAGCGAAAGCUACAAAACGAUAUGGAUGUUUUGGUGCCGCAAUUUCCUGAACGUAUUUCUGCCAUUUUCACUUCUGCUGAUGCUGAACACCGCAACCAUUGCCAACCUCAAUCGAUAUUCCAAAGAAUCAGUAAUUGAGAAGCCUCAACAGAGCUGUGUUCAGAAACUUCCAUCUCUUAUCCACGGCUCCGCUGCCGCGGCUGAGGCUCGGAAGAAGAAAAAGGAUGCCACCAGGACCCUGGCCGCCCUCGUCACAGUGUAUCUGCUCGCCAAUACUCUGAACCUUCUGCUUACCAUUAUGGAAUUCAUUAGACCAGAAUGGUUGCGGAAUCUUGGCGAAGGACGCAUAUAUAAGUACCUAGCUGAUCUAUCUUCUCUUCUCACAAUCUCAUCUACAGCCACUCGACUUCCCGUGUACUUCCACUGCAACCGAGAAAUCCGCAAACAGCUCAGACAUUUCUUCGCCCAAUUUGGAAAUUGUCGUGCCAAAAAGGAGGUUAUGCUUUGA